CCACGAAAGGAAGGGUGAACACUCCAAAUUAAUCCGAUUGGUCGACUCCAAAUCGGCGGUUUAUUUUCGAUUUGUUUUGCUUUUUACAUGCAAGCGUUUUGAGAGUUGUGUUUGUUAAAACAAACAAGUAUGGAUCAGUCAAUGAAGCGUACAUUACAACGUUUGAUACGACGAAUUCCAUUUCAACUGCUUAAGACAACACUAAGCAAGUGGGCACAUAUUUUAGAAGAGGACCUGCUUUUGCUGGAUUUCACACAACCAAAAUGUCUAUUCACGGAAAAUCUGCUUUCUCUAUGUGAGGGGAAGGGCACGACAGUGAAACACAUCACAGAACUCGAAAUGAUAUAUAUCAUUGAGAAUCCAAAUCAGGUAAUGUGGCGUGCUUUCCAGCUUCUUGAUGCAAGGGAGGAUGCACCAUCCAUUGAGCUGACACAGUUCAAGGAACAGUUUAAGGCCCACCUUACAGAGCUCAACAGCCAUGUGUCUAUUAAAAUAAAGAAGCACACAGAUGAGGCCGUAUGGAUACGUAUUGCCUGGGGGGACAACUUCACAAAGCCUAAUCACCUCAAGCCCACAUACGCAGUCCACCAUCUCCAGACCCCUUAUGUCUUUGUGACCGGCCUAACUGUGAAGCAUAAGCCUCUUUUAAAUCAGGCAUUGGUUUUGACCACCAGGUAUGGCUCUAUUAAGGACGCUUCCCUCAGUGGAAGGAACCUCGUUGCCAUCAGAGACCUAUUGAUGAGGCAAUACCAACAGGUGUUCCCCACCAAACAUCCAAAACCUCUUCAGGAAAAGAAUCAUGUCCCUACAAACCCCAAUAUAGAGAAAGAACAGAUUGAGAAUACAGAGAACCGACUUCAGAUGGCUUGUGAGGCUUUUGGUGAUGGGACGCUUCCUCAGCUGCAAAAGGCUGUAUACCAGCUGGAAACCAAGUUCAGAGAUAACUCCAACAGGACAUUGACAGGCAGUGAUGAGCCCUUCAGAGGAGUUGUUGAGUUUACCAGCACCAACCUGUUGGAGUCACUCAGGCAUGCUGUGUCUUCAGGUAUUGCAUCGACCCCAGUCACCCCUCUUCUCUCAUCAAUCACACAGAAAGGGAGAAACUAUUUUGUUGUAACUGACAAAGGAGUAUAAAAACACAUGAGAAACUGCCUUAAGUGUAUUAAAUAUUCUGAUUUAAUAGGCAUUUCUAAAUACAUGCUGAAAGAGGUUUUCUUUCUUAUUUGUCAAUUUGUUAUGUUUGAACAAAUAAAGUCAGCAAUUAUAUGGAGGAAUUUCACAAAUGCGUAACUGAAUUAAUGCAAUGUUGACAUUAAAACUCAGUUCUUAUGCUGUUGAUAAGAGUUGUCUUUUUAAUUCAGUCCACUUUUACAAUAUACCAUUUUCACUACAAUGUAUACUCUCAUCUGUUGUUGUUUUUGUACAGAUUUAUUUUUAUGGUAGUAUUAAUGGUAUUUCUAUAAGCAUUGUGCCAUUAUGAUAAUGCACAUUUUAAUAAUAAGUGUGUCUAUCUUUUAUAACAUUUUAAAUUAUUUGACUUUGCGAUGGGUGGUCCUCAAACGCUUUUAACUAUGAUUUUGUGUUCCUGCUGCUAUACUGAAUGUUAUUAGAUAAUGUUUCAAAUACUUCUGCUACAAAAUUGUGCCUGAGAGAACUGACAUGCUCCCACGGUCAUGGAUUGGAAAGGUUUGUAUCCUCUGCAACUAAUUCUGCCAUAUGUUUAAUAGCCAAACAUUUCAUAUAUAAAUACAAUGUUAUCCAAUCCUCCACCUUAGAAAUUGGGUCUGUGAUGAUCUUGUCUGAAUCUGUUAAUCUUUGUUUACUGAGGUCUGCUAUGACAAAGGGUCUGAAGACUUAAAUGCAUCAGAUAUUUCCGUUUUCAUUUUCAAUAAAC